AUGCUGGUGGUCCUACUGACAGCGGCCUUGUUGGCCCUGAGCUCGGUUCAGAGCUCAAAUGAAGAGGAAGAGCAGCAGGGCCCUGAACAACCUCAUCAGAGACCACCACCUGGAGAAUUUCCCCCAAAACCUUCUGCGUCUGAUGAAGAUGGUGAUGAUGACGGUGAAGAAGAUGGGAAUAAACCAGAGAAACCACCACAGCAAGGAGGUGAGCACCAAAAACCUCGCCCUCCUAGACCUGGAAACCAGGAAGGAGGCCCUCAGCAGGAUCGCCCUCCUACACCUGGAAACCAUCAUGGAGGCCCUCAUCAGGGUCGUCCUCCUAAACCUGGAAACCAGCAAGGCCCACCCCAGCAGGAAGGCCAGCCCCAGAAUCGCCCUCCUAAACCUGGAAACCAGGAACGCCCACCCCAGGAAGGAAGUGAGGAACAGACAAGUUCCCUAUAG